CCUACCUAGGUAGUCUAACUAGUGUAACCAUCGAUGAUGUAUCUCGAUAUACAUAUCACGACUAGCGGAUUCGUGCAUAUCGAUGUGUGAUCGGACCCGCCGACGUAAAUAGGGGGGUGUUAGCUUCACCGUAAGAUAGGACGUGGGUUUCAGGUUCGCAUAUCAUAAUCCUGCUACCCUACUUCGUGGGUAGUAUCCAAAGGCUCGGCACCUGGUAACAGGCUAAGGUUAAAGUUGUUGCAGAGGGAACAUGCUCCAUUCCACGCCACAUGCAUGCAGGUCUAUCGAGGUCCAGAUACUACACUUCCAUUCGCGUCAUGCCACCGGCAUCGACUUCUGGUCAGCCGAUCUCCCCCUUUUCACAUCUUCCUGGGUCAUUAUUAUCCCAAGUCUCGAUUCUCUCGAAGAUAACAUCUCCGUUCACCAGAGUUCCGCCUGGACUCGUCUUAUUCCACGCCAUGGAGAAACAUUCUCAAGAAUCUCGAGAUCCCCUUCUUCGCCAUUCUACCGAAGAGAGCACAAUUUCUCUAGGUAAUGCUUUAGACAACCAAGAAGAUGGCCACCGGCCGAUACGUUCGUGGCUGCGGGAACACGCAUUUUCCUUGGCGAUAAUAGUGUUGCUACUGUAUAUUGCUAUAGCGUUAACAGUCGAUAUCGCGAUGAAAUUUUCCAUACAAUCAAAGGAGAUAUCGGACUAUCACUUACCUUUGAUGGGAGAUAUCCUACGAUAUGAGAAAAGACCUGAAUGGUUUUCGCCUGGAUCUCCCUGGGACCAGGACCCAUCAGAAGAACUUGAUGAUGCGUGGGAUGACUUACUACAUGCUAUAAACAUCAGAGUUACUGGCGAUGAACUAGAUAUUCUCGGCAUCAAUAAAACCAACAUGGUCCGGGUUAACGGUGGCGAUUAUAUCGGGUCCAUGGGAGUCUACCAUCAUCUUCAUUGUCUCAAUAACUUACGAAUGGUGGUCCAUUGGGAUUAUUACGAGCCGAUAUAUCGGGACUCUCCAUACUUCGGUCAUCUUGGAAAAGCACAUUCGGAUCACUGUAUCAACGUUCUUCGGCAGGCAGUCAUGUGUCAUGCGAACACCGCGAUCACAACGUUUGAAUGGGUUGACGAAGAAACCUCACUCGACGGUAAAGAGCAAAGGCUAGAUGCAUCGACGACAUGUACGAAAUGGGAUAGCUUCGACAAUUGGGCACGGCAGAGGAUGCUCAUCGCGGGGAAUUACACGUACCGGCCAGGACCAUUUGAACGGAAUAAGCCGAAGGCUAAGCCGCAUAACAACAAUGUGGAGUAAAGUAAGACGGAUGAUGAUAUGAUCACUGCUUAUGUGAAGGUCGUAGGACAUGAUAGCGAGAAGUCUAGAUUGGUCCGGGGAAAUAGGUACCUAGAUAUCCUGAGCUUACGCUGGUAAAGCCCUAAACAGCGCCUAAAUAAAAACUUCAUGACCCGUUUGUUAUUAGUCCCUGGCAGGUGGACAUGGGAGGUUUUAAUAUA